UCACAAGGCCCGCUUCAACGAGCUCUUCAACUCCCUCCCGCCUGAAAGCAGGUCCUGCUGCCGCCUCUUGAGCUCCAGGGGCCGCUCUCGUCUGGUUGGCUGUCGGCGGUCCCGUCCAGCGACCACAAGACGCUGAACAACUUCCAGUACCGUCUCGCCGUCGCCGAGCGUCUCGGCAUUGCCCUCCCGCACGCAACCGUCAUGCAGCGAUGCACCUGCGGCGGGGAGGUUGACGAGUUUGGCGACCACUAUUUUCUCUGCCAU